CCUCGCCUGACCGGUAACACGUUCCAUUUUGGUUGUGUUGUCCGUUACAAUGGCAUUAUGCCUGAGAGGGCGAGAUUUCAGGUUCAGUUUUUGGCUGAUGGACAUCCGUUUGGUGGUCUCCAUACGGCUUCCGAUGACCAUAACUGGCACGUACAUAUGAACCCCAUGGAUUUGAAGGGGAAUUUAGGGAAACACAUAAGAUGUCAGGUUCGUCCUUAUUGGAGCGGCCACGCCAUUACAAGCAGACCUGUCAUCAGCAGAAAUAACUACUUUGCUGGAAUAAAGAUAGCAGAUAUUAACGGUAAUGACAUCAACCAGAUAGUCGUGCGGAAAGACGCACCGGAACCCACAGAAAUCCAGUUAUAUUCAACAAUUCCUGUCACCAUGGAGACACACAAAAUUAUGUUUAUACCUGGUUUGGAGAGCCAACUUUCUGUAACCCUGCGCACUGAGAGCCCCGGUGUGGCCAAGACCGUCGUAACAUCUACAUGCGAGACGAUAUUCCUUCAACGAGACUGGAAUCAGACGGCACAUAAAUUGUUUGGAAGCAAACCCGUCAAAAUACAAGCCGUGAUGGACAAUGCGCGGCCAUCUGGUCGACCAAACAUCCCCAAACUGUUGUAUUUUACACCAAUACCAGCGGCGCUGGGACAGAGCAUUUGGGAAAAUUAUGUUCUUCCAGCAUUCCAGGUAACCACAGUAGAUGUGAACACGGGAAUUUGCACUAGUGUCACGGAUCCCCAUCUGAAAACAUUUGAUGGCAGACGAUUUGAUAUCCUGCGUGAGUUUGGAGAAUUCGUCCUAACUAGAUCAAAAUAUGGUGAAUUUGAGGUUCGCGAACGGCACUGGUCUUGCUCGAGCUCUGGCGUAGCAUGCAACUGUGGGGUGGCGGCGAGGGAAGGUCCCCACAUCUUAAUAGUAGACCUUUGCCAUGGUAACGUGGACCAACUCCGAAAAACAAAACUACAACCGAGAGUGUAUUACAGGACUACUGCUAUCACUGGGACGUUGCCAAACGGGACGUACAUCCAUUCUGAUUCCACGGGCAAAAAAUAUGUGUUGAAGUUUACAUCUGGCGCCUGGGUGGAGGCCCGCGUAAACAGGUAUUGGGGUCUAGAUAUAACAGUCAGCGUUCCCAGUGGUUACAAGAAGCACAUGGCUGGGUUGUGCGGUAAUUAUGAUGACCAGAGUGAUAAUGACAUCGUUGGAUCUCUGCCAAAUUUCAUUUCAAACAACAAAGUUACAGUUGAAGACAGCUACUUCGGUCGAAAGCUUCCGUGCCCGUUACCUUUGGCAAGAACCCUUCAAGACUUCUGCUAUUGCAAUAAAACGGGGGAAGAGAGAUUCGUAUGCGACUACGCCAAAGUUGUACCAGAUCCCACCGACCUGACGAACAUGAAGCCAGUAAAACCUAUCAUCACUCCUCAGACAUGUGGAAAACGGAAGCGACGGGACAUUGAGGACCUUAUGAUGUCCUCUGAUGACGUCAUGGAAUUUGACGAUUACGUGUACACACCCGUGGUCCCAACUGUACGGCAGCCUGCAGUUAUAAAACCCCGUGUUGUGCCUGGUGGGCCUGGUGAUGGACCCGGGAGGAAUGUGCAGGCUAUGGGUGAUUUAAUGUUGAAAGCUGUUUCUGUUGACGAAGUACCGGUGGUGCUCCAACCUCAGGAGAUCAGGCGCAUCUGCAGUGAGGCCAUCGAAACCUCUUCAAUUUCGACAUUGUGCAAGGAUCUCCCCGGGUUUGACGUCAGCUCCACGAUGGAAGAAUGUAUAUCUGAUAUUCAGUUGACAAACGACAUAACGUUUGCAGAAGCCGCUUCCGACAAUAUGGAGGACCGCUGCAUCCAGUAUGCAUCCACGCUUUCCAGUGAGAAAGAAAAUGUUCAGAAAAUCUUGCGUCUUCGCUGUCCUCGCCAAUGUAGCGGACAGGGUCGGUGCGACAAUGGAAAGUGUCACUGUCACGCUGGAUUCACUGCUGAGGACUGCUCGGUCAGGACAGAUAGCAUCCCCAGCGUGUUCUUCAGAAUAUCUGGGCGCGCUGUGCAAACGCGCUCCUGCGAUGCGCUCAGACGGCCAUGUUUGACGACCAGACUUCAAGCGACUGGAGCGUUCUACAGGAGUUCGAAUCUCACUUGCAAGAUACAACACAUAGUGAUGACAUACAAUGGACACGAGUUCGUGGAGAGUGAUGUUACAACCAAAAACACGAAGGCGGAGUUCGUGUCAUUCGGCGAAGUGAUCUGCCACAUUCCCAGUACAGUGCGGAGUGCUGUGCUAGCGAAACCAAUUGCGGGCCAAGCAGUUCAUGUUGUUGUUAGAUUGCAAAUAUCAGUCAGUAAUGAUGGCGUUCGAUUCUCCAAUGAAGUGAAUCUGUUAGUGUUUAAUUCCAAACGCGUAGAGUAUAACAGCCGCACACAGAGCUGGGAACCGAAAGUGUAAGAGCUUCGUACAUUUGCAGUGGGGCUAAACAUUGUGAAAGAUGAAUAUACGCCGUACUUGGCAAAUCGGUCUCUUUUUGCUAGGGCUGUGUGUCUUUAAACCCUCGUUGGAGGCAACCCAGGUCUCCUGCAGGAGAAAAUUGCAGUAUUAAAGAAAGAACACAUUCUGAUGCUAGUUACAUGGCUGUGCGUCUUUAAACAGACAGUAGCAGAUCCGUGUACACCUGGUGAUCCUGACCAAUACCGGAUUUUUGAAGCAUCGACAUGGGUGAGAAACCGAGCGAUAACAGCUGACUUAGGAACGAUGAGUCUUAUAUGUGACAGGUACCUGUCCCCUACGUCAUGGUACCGAUUCACUGACAAGCAGGGGGACCGGAUGGCAGAUGCCACGCCUAAGGCGCCUGUGCCGAUGCAGUGCGGAACUGGUGCCCCCGUCUUCUUACGGGACCCUCACCCAACCUUGGAAGAAGGGGCGAAAACUGAGGCUAGAGUUUGUGCUAACUACGGCAUUCCUAAUAAUGAAUGUAGUUGGACUGGAACCAUACACAUCAAACAUUGUCCCAGUCGUUUUAACAUGGACGGGUUUUAUAUCUAUCGUGUUCAGCCUCCACCUGCAUGUCCCAUGGCGUAUUGUGGCGUAGGCACUGGAGCUGAAAAAUGCCCCCCUGGGCAGUUACUGGAUGGACAGCAGUGUAUCCCUGCCUACCCAGAAGCUGCAGGUCGUCCGGAGAUCACUCCCCCUCGCCUGACCGGUAACACGUUCCAUUUUGGUUGUGUUGUCCCUUACAAUGGCAUUAUGCCUGAGAGGGCGAGAUUUCAGGUUCAGUUUUUGGCUGAUGGGCAUCCGUUUGGUGGUCUCCAUACGGCUUCCGAUGACCAUAUCUGGCAAGUACAUAUAAACCCCAUGGAUUUGAAAGGGAAUUUAGGG